UAUUACAGUAAACAUAUAAUGUACCGGAACCAACAGUGUGUAAGUUCAUAUUUCCGACAGGACUCUUAUCAGGUCACAAUGCUCGGCUUCAGUGCACUGGUGUGCGCGUCUGUUGUUGUGUUGUGCAGUGCAGGUCCUUUACUGAAACACAGACAUGAAGAGAAUAACAGACCGAUCAUCGGUAUUCUGACUCAAGAGGUUAACGAUGAUUAUAUGAAAAGGUUUGGCAAGACCUACAUCCCUUCAUCUUAUGUGACCUACAUCGAAUCUGGGGGAGCUAGAGUUACACCAAUUAGGCUAAACCAGAGUUUGGCGGAACAUGAAAAAAUCUUCAGGUCAAUAAAUGGCCUUCUUCUUAUUGGGGGCGCAGCCAACCUGGAGACAUCUGACUUCGCUCACACUGCCGGAUUGUACUUUAGACUUGCCCUUCAGGCAAACGAUGUGGGUGACUACUUUCCCAUAUGGGGAACAUGUCUGGGAUUGCAGCUGCUUACUGUGUUAGUGAGUGGAGAAAACCUGCUGAGUAAAACUACUGCAGAGAAUGUCGCAUAUCCACUAAACUUCAGCUCAGAGGCCGCAACCAGUCGCAUGUUUAAGGGCUUUCCAUCAGAUCUUCGUAAAGCAUUGGCUGAGGAACCACUUACUGGAAAUUUCCACCAUUAUGGAGUGACUAAAGAGACAUUUAUGGGUAAUGAAAAAUUGAAUGGCUUCUUUUCAAUACUGUCCACAAAUGUAGCAGAAAAUGGAGCUGUGUUUGUUUCUUCCAUGGAAGGCAGGAAAUACCCUUUCUAUGGUGUUCAAUGGCACCCAGAAGUAAACUGCUUUCAGUGGAACCCUCGUUACAACUUCCCUCAUUCAAGCAAUGCAGUGCACGUGUCGUCCUUACUGGCUCGAUUCUUUGUAAAUGAGGGAAGGCAAAGUUCCCACCACUUCAGUGUGGUAGCAGAAGAGAGCAGAGCACUUAUAUACAACUACAACCCUGUGUAUGUGGGAAAUAUCUCUUCAUAUGAACAGUGUUAUUUCUUCUGAGAGACACAACAUAGGAGGAUACUGAGAAAGAAAACCAAAGAUAAACUUUCUUAAGUCUUUUUAGAUAUAAAUAUUUUAUAUUUAUAACAUUUUACAACAGGUGUUAUAAUCACUCACACACUGAGAGAAAGAAUCAAAUUCAUUGUUUUUAAAUUAUUUGAUACAUUGUAUUCUCUACAUCAUCAUUCACUGAUCAAUCAUUGUAUCCAUCUUAAUUAAUAUAAUGGAAAUUUACAAUAUACAUAUUCCAGUCCUUGAAGUGGAUUGAUGUUAGUAAAUACGCCCAGUGAUGGGGUUUGCCUGGGCUAUAACCCUGUCAGAAAUUUCCAUUAUUUACAAAGAUGUCAUUUUUUUUACCCUCACUAUCACUUUCAUUAAACAUUUAAAAAUAAAUUAUUAAUAAUAUUAAUAACAUUUAAAUGGAUGAACCUUAGUGUUCAUAUUAAAGUGUAAUUGCACGUGUAAUUAAAUACCAUACAUAUUAAGAACAUGGGU